UGGGUGGGCUGGGCACUGUACGCAGAAAAUGCGGGGAACUACCCCAUGGCUGAGAAGCUGUACGUUAAGGGCAUCGAGCACCGUAGGGCAGAGCCGUUGGACGUGCUCAAGAAGAGACAGGCUCACUUCAUGCGCCGCAUGCGUCGGCACUGGAUUAACAGUCAGAUCGAGGAGGGCACAGCGGAGGACCAAGCGAGGGAGCUUCCGGGGGACGAGGAGGCUCGCAGGGGUAUCCUACGUUCCCUCUCGGUUACGGCUAUAGAGCGCAACCGGCGCGAACAGGGCGGUUGA